ACUAACUCCUCAGUCACGUUCUCCGUGCCCCCUCGACAUGGCGCAUAUCGUAUCACCAGCAAUGUAGAAGAAUAUUAACAAUUUCUCAAUAAAUAAUUCACAAUCUGCUGCAGUGACAGUGACUGUGAACCGCCCGUUGUCCUCUUAGUGUUAAUAAAAUUAUGCUAAAGACCUAAAAAUUUAAAUUAGACAAUUUUUUCGAAUAGAAAGGAUACGAUUUUAACCCUUGGUAGUUACUUAACGGAUACACUAUAAUCUAUGAAAAUAAUCAAAAGUGAAAGCAAAGACUUUGACCUCAUUGACGACUCAUUUUAAUUCCCCGAGUCCUGCUAAUUUUAUGGGACUCACUUUCAGACUGUCCUUUUUUUGUUUGAGAUUUUUUUUUUAAUUUAUAUAUUUUUGGAUAAAUUAUUAAGAUAGCAAUGAGUGCGGGGGACGGUCGUACCGAGGAGGUGAUCUACGUUGGCUCUCGCAAGAGCGAAUUGGCAUUAAUCCAAACGAGAUAUGUAAUAGCAUGUCUCAAGGAAAUACAUCCGGACAAAAAAUUCGAAAUAGUAACAAUGAGCACGAAAGGUGACAAGAUACUUGACAUAUCACUGCCAAAAAUCGGUGAAAAAGCUCUAUUCACCCAAGAAUUAGAACUAGCUCUGGAAAGUGGAAGAGUUGACUUCCUAGUGCACUCUCUGAAAGACCUACCCACGACAUUGCCAGAAGGAAUGGCAUUGGGAGCUGUUUUAAAACGCGAAGACCCGAGAGACGCUGUGGUGAUGUCAAAAAAGAUGAAAGGGAUGACAUUAGCAACAUUACCAAAAGGCAGUGUAAUUGGUACAAGCUCUUUGAGGAGAUCAGCCCAAUUAGCUCGGAAUAUGCCGCAUCUAAAGGUGGAAAGCAUUCGUGGAAAUUUAAACACAAGAUUGAAAAAACUGGAUGACGAAGGGAGUCCUUUUGCAGCGAUAAUUCUAGCUGCUGCGGGGUUAAAGCGAAUGGGAUGGGACGAGAGGAUCAGCCAGGUGUUGGAACCCGAUGAAGCUCUCUAUGCUGUGGGUCAAGGAGCUCUUGGUAUUGAAUGUCGUGAGUCUGAUUGGAAAAUACUAUCUCUCUUGGAGCCCCUGUAUGACGUAGACACAACACUUAAUUGUGUUUGUGAGAGAUCAUUUUUGAAAACACUUGGAGGUGGAUGUUCAGCGCCUGUGGCUGUUUGUUCCUCACUCAAAGAAAAAUAUUUAACCAUCACCGGGGCUGUCUGGUCGCUUGAUGGACAGACGCUUAUCAAAGAUACUUUGAAUAAGAAAUUGUAUCUACCAGAUGACGAUGACGAACCUCCCAAGAAAUGUCCGUAUCGUGAGCCGCGUCUCUACUGCAGCAUCGCCCCUGGUAAGGUGAGCAGUAUGGGUCUUCUCGGUGCUGAACAACUUGGGAAGGAAUUGGCCGAGAGUUUGAUAAAUAAAAAUGCAUUAGAAGUUAUGUCAAAGGCCAGAGAGGAAGUUCUCAGUUCAUCGAGUUAGAAGUGCACUCCUGACAAAAUUAGAAUUAAAAAAUGAGGAAUGAUUUCACUGCCUACGAUUUAGUAGUAGAGCGGGAAAGCGAAAUGCGUUAUUGUCUCAUUUUAAUUUAUCAUUCAAGUAGGGAACGAGAAGAAAAAAUGGACUCAUUCAAAUUUUUAUAAGUUGUACAACUUCAUUCUAUCGUUGGUCAAAAGGAAUCUAUGAAGCGUUUUUCCUCAUCUUUCUAUAAUGAGUUCAUGCUCCAAUCAUUGAGACAAGCACAAUGGUACAAGUGUUCUCUGUAAUUAUUGUAUAAAUAUCAAUAAUUCGCACUCCUGAGACCACAUGCCUUUCUUUUUGAUUCUGUACAAAUACUUUAUCUGUUUUUUGUUAAAGUUUUUAUUGACAAAUUUUGUCGGCGUAAUCUUGUGAAUAAUAAUGUGAAUUCUGACGAGCGUUUUAUCACAUCGAAUUCGUCGUAUUGUUGUUGAGAAUUAAUAAAACGCUCGCGUGUACAGUAAAUGAGAAGAGGGUAAUUGAUCGAUAGUUGUGGUAUUUAGAAAAUAUAUUGUAUUGUAAAGACGAGCAGAUUUUUCAACGAAAAUAUUCUGCAAGUCUAUAAUGGGUUAAAUAAACAGAGCGGAUAUUUGGGUUUA